AGACAAAGACGGUAAGGUUGUACCGUUAGGACAUGAAGGAGAGAUCUGGCUGAAAGGGUUCAAAUUGUUCAAACGGUACCGUGGAGACGAGGAGAAAACAUCAAAGGCGAUAACACCUGAUGGCUGGUACAAAACUGGAGAUCUUGGCGCUCUUGAUGAACGGUGUCCUAGAGCUCUAUGGAAGAGUUUCGGACAUGAUCAUAAGGAAUGCCUCCAACGUGUAUCCUUCUGUUAUUGAAGUGCCAAUAACCAAGCAUCCCAAAGUUAAAGACGUCAGGGUAGUCAGUGUACCUGACCCUGCAAGUGUGGAGGAGAUAUGUGCCUGUAUCAUCUUAAAAGAAGGUCAGACUACAGACCCAGAGGAGAUGAAGACGUAUUGUGUUAAGAUUGGGAUGGUUCCUAUUGAGCUGCCUGGCUAUUUUAUCUUCUUGGACGAGUUCCCGGUGACUACGACAAUGCAGAAGGUUGACCGGAAGAAGUUGCGACUGAUCGCCAUGGAGAAACUUGGUCUACCAAAGGAAUCCUAGACGAUUCCUGUGUCCAGACUUGUCAUCUUAGCAGAUGUCAAAACAAUCCACCUAUAGAGUUAUAUUGUUCAGUUAAAAUGCGAUAAUCAAACGUAUGCUACAAUGAAUGAUACCGUAUUGACAAAGACCUUACAAAGAUGCUAAUUAAACUGCUGGUUUUCCCUCUUUGCUAUGCUAAUAUAUAUGAUAAUAUCUAAUAUUAACUUCUAGAUGUCCUUAAUUUCGUCAGGCCCUGGAAGCUGGAACUAUCACCUCCAUGUCAGAAAAAUUGGCAUCCUGUGAAUUUUUAAUUAACGACUUAUGAAUUUUACAUGCUAUGUUAGUGUAUUGCAUUUUAUUGAAUUUUACUGGUUAACUGGUCACAUGAUUUUUGUUUUAGUCUGAAUGUCUGUAACGAUUUAUGUCUUAUAUGCUUGAAAUCAACAGUUCUUAUGCAUGCAUAUACGUUAACCCUAUCUAAACGGGGGGGGGGGGGCUAAAAGUGCCUGCGCGAACUUUGACGUCCUAUAACUGCCGAACGACGUAUGCUAGGACUACGAAACUCGGUGACUUUUCCUAAAAUAUUGUUGGCAACAAUUCUACGUAUUAGUUUGUAAUUUUUCCUGUUGCCAUGGCAACGGGUUUCUGACAUAUUUUACCAAAUUUCUUAAAAUACAUGUAAUAAGAGAUUCCCCAAAGCCAAAAUAGUUCAAAACCUUAAACAUGUAAUCCCACCUUAGGCUUUCAAAAGCCUUUUUGAAGUCGGCUAUAAUGAUCAGUCCUGGUUUUUCGUUAGUGUCAUAAUGUUCAAUUAAAUCUAAAAUACUUCGAUAUUCUCUCCAAUGAAUCUGAAAACAAUUUGAUCCUCACUUAUUAAAUCACUCAUACAAUUUUUCAUUCUAACUGAGAUUACUUCGGUCCGUUCAUCACAGCACAAAAGUGAUAAAGGCCUCCAGUUUGUAAGUCUGGACGGGUUCUUGUCUUGGCCAUCUGAGUUCUGCUUUAAUAAAAGAGUGAUUAGCCCUA